AGUGCGGCGCGAGUGCGGCGGCGACAUGUGCGGCGCGUCGCUGCUGCUGCUGGCGGCGCUGCCGGCGCUCGCAGGGUGGUGCGUGGAGGGCGAGGUGGUAUCAGUGGUGGCGCCGGGCGCGGCGGACGGGCCGGCCUUCGCGCCGCGGCAGCGCACCGCCGUGCUGGCGCCGGCCGGCCACGCCGCCACGCUAGAGUGCCGCGUCCUGCGGCUGCGCGACAAGUCGGUGUCGUGGGUGCGGUCGCGCGACCUGCAGAUCCUGUCGCACGCGGGCGCGGUGUUCACGGCGGACGCGCGCGUGUCGGCCACGGCGGCCGCGGCGGACGGCGCCGCCAGCCGGCACACGCUGCGCAUCGAGCGCCUGCGCGCCGCCGACGCCGGCCGCUACGAGUGCCAGAUCAACACCGAGCCCAAGAUGAGCCUCUUCUAUAACCUCACCGUCAUUGACGAGGUGGUGCCGGAGGUGGUAGUGCAGGUGGUGGGCGCGGCGCGCGUGACGGGGCGUGCGGGCGGCGCGGCCACGCUAGCGUGCGAGGCGCGCUACGAGCCCGCGCCGCGCCUGCUGCCGCUGCCGCCGCUCGACAUCCGCUGGCAGCGCGGCGACGAGCCGAUAGACUUGGAGAGCGGGCGCGGCGUGGCGCUGGACACGCAGCGCUGGGCGGCGCGCGCGCUGUCGCGGCUGACGCUGGCGCGGCUGGGCGCGCGCGACGCCGGCGCCUACACGUGCAGCGCGUCGGGCCGCGCCGCCGCGCUGCGCCUCGUGCUCGACGAGGACGAGGCGGCGGAGGCGAUGCAGCGCGACGCGGCGGCCGGCUCGGCGCCCGCCCCCCCCGAGCCCGCGCCCGCCGCGCUCCUGCCGCUGCUGGCACUGCUCGCGCUGGCGCUGCGCUGACCGGGGAGAGGCGCACUAGGGACGCUCUUACAUUCUGUAUAUUUUGAACUUUGUAAAUAUCUACUGUAAAUACAUAAUUAUGGAGAGUU